UCCUUCCUAUUUACAUGAAACUAGUGCUUAACACGUAUGCCAAGGAGUCUUUAGUUUUUUGUAACAGCUUCAUGUCUAGCUUAGCAAGCAGAAAGCCCGUCCUUUGUCAUUAAUUUUCCUGGCUCUGCCACUGGCAUCUUGAGUUCUCUGCUGCAGGGGGUCUGUUUUGGGCAAUUACUUCUGUAUGCCACUUCCAGCAAUGUUAAGAUAUUAUCUUUGCACCUUUGGAUUUUCAUAGUGGUAAAGCUUCAGAGUGUUAAUUGAUGGCUUUCCUUUUGCUUUAUGUUUGUUGUUAGUUUGGUUUUUUUUCUCCCUACAAUGUGGUUUGUAAUAGCAGCAAAGAAAUGUCGUACAGGUCAUAUUUAAUGCUUCUUGAUAACUUUUUUUUUUUUUUUUUUAAAAAAAAAGCUUUUGUAUAUGUUCCUGUUACCUUGUUUUAAAAGGAAAGGACUCAGUUUUUUACCAUUCAAAAAUAGUUAAUAAGAUGCAGUUUAAUUGUAUAGUACCUACAAAGGGAUGAUCAGCUUUUAGCACGUGCUGAGAUAUGUUUGCUGGCUAAAUACAACUAGUCUGUUUGAGCUCCAUGUUGUAUGUUGUUCCUGCUUGACCCUGUGUGUUCUUCCACAGCUCUCCGUGCAGCUAACAGAGGGGCAUGGCUGUGAGAGCUUGUGGCUUGAUCAUCUACAGGAGGCUGCAGUCAGCACCAUAUUCUAACGUCACUGAUGGUAUCGAAUACCUCCUCCUUCAGACAUCCUAUGGGAGCCAUCACUGGACCCCACCAAAAGGCCACGUGGACCCAGGAGAGGAUGACCUGCAGACAGCCCUCCGAGAAACACAGGAAGAGGCUGGUCUUCAGGCCAGUCAGCUCACCCUCAUAGAGGGGUACAAGAAAGAGCUCCACUAUCCUGUCCGUGGCAAACCUAAGACCGUCAUUUACUGGCUGGCAGAAAUGAAGGACUGUAACACAGAAAUCAAGCUUUCGGAGGAGCACCAAGCUUUCCAAUGGCUGAAGCUGGAGGAUGCUUGCAAAUUUGCAGAAUAUGAAGACAUGCAAGCUACACUGAAAGAAGUGCAUCAGUUUCUCUGCUCCAAAAUAUAAAUGAGUUUGUGAAGGACAGGGGGACUUUUUGAAAAAGCAUGUCCUGGGGUAUUUUUAACCAGAACUACUACAUGUCUGCAGAAAUGUGUAUUUCUUUUUCAAAUCUAUACAAAUUCAGUGAAGAGCUUUUAAGGAGCUUGUGCUUUGUCUCCCCUAGCUAACACAAAAAAGUGUGGUCUCAUUGAAGCAUGAGCCAGAGAUGUCUGAACUGAAAUCCAGAGCUAACAAAGGCUUCCUCUGUCCCUGUCUCCUUUUCUUUUUCCUUUUUUCUUUUUUUCCCUUGAAGUGCUGAACAACCACAAGUUCUUCUGAAAAAAUAAAACACUUUAUUUCUUGACUUGCUGAUGUAGAACUACAGAGUUGAGAAAAUGAGCAUACAGAGAUUUUUAAUAACAAAAUGUUUACUGCAGAAGUUGCACCUUGCAUUUCAAAUGGGGAAGCAGUAGUUCUGUUCCCAAGUCCUCUACUGAUAUGCUGUGAUAACUUGUCAAAUCAUUUCAGGUUUUGUUUGUUUGUAUUAUGAAUUUAUGUACAUCACUAAUGUAGUGUUACGAAAACAUUUUCCAUCCAAAAACUCCUAGUAAACAGUUGGCAUACAGUGUUUAAAUGUUAAA